UUUUCCAUAUUGGGUUCGUUGUCUUUGAAUUGGCUACCUAGUAUAUUCUGAUCUUCCCCGUGUCUUUUGAAAGAACUCUCUUCCCGCAUUCGUCAUGGUCCAAAUCAGCGAGGUCAAGGGCAAUUCGCGCGACAACAGAACAGCUGCCCACACGCAUAUCAAGGGCCUCGGCUUACGUCCAGAUGGUACUGCGGAAGUCUCCGGCGAUGGCUGGGUAGGACAGGCCGCCGCUCGAGAGGCAUGCGGGGUCGUGGUAGACUUAAUCAAGGCUAAAAAGAUGGCGGGCCGGGCGGUUCUUCUUGCUGGUGGCCCAGGGACUGGAAAGACCGCUCUUGCCCUUGCUGUGUCUCAGGAACUUGGGACGAAGGUUCCUUUCUGCCCGAUCGUUGGUAGUGAAAUCUACUCCGCUGAGGUCAAGAAAACCGAAGCGCUUAUGGAAAACUUUCGGAGAGCAAUUGGACUCCGUGUGCGGGAAACGAAAGAGGUAUAUGAAGGCGAAGUCACAGAGCUCACACCCCAGGAGGCUGAGAAUCCACUGGGGGGCUAUGGUCGCACAAUAAGCCAUCUUAUUAUCGGAUUGAAGUCUGCUAAGGGCACAAAGAAGCUGCGCCUUGACCCCAGCAUUUACGAAGCGAUCCAAAAAGAGCGCGUCACUGUCGGAGAUGUCAUUUACAUUGAAGCGAAUACGGGAGCUUGCAAACGAGUAGGGCGAUCUGACGCCUACGCAACCGAGUUCGACCUGGAGGCCGAGGAGUACGUUCCAGUUCCGAAGGGUGAAGUCCACAAGAAGAAGGAAAUCGUGCAAGACGUCACAUUACACGACCUAGAUAUUGCCAACGCUCGGCCGCAAGGUGGUCAAGAUGUUAUGAGCAUGAUGGGACAACUUAUGAAGCCCAAGAAAACCGAAAUCACAGACAAACUUCGGCAAGAGAUCAACAAGGUAGUAAACCGCUACAUCGAUCAAGGUGUCGCUGAGCUUGUUCCUGGCGUUCUCUUCAUUGACGAGGUGCACAUGCUGGAUAUCGAAUGCUUCACAUACCUCAACCGCGCCCUCGAGUCCUCGAUAUCGCCCAUCGUUAUCCUCGCCUCAAAUCGCGGUCACACCGUCAUCCGUGGCACUGACGAUAUCUCCGCCGCCCACGGUAUCCCUCCCGAUCUCCUCGCUCGUCUCCUCAUCAUCCCUACGCACCCUUACUCACCCGACGAAAUCAAGACCAUCAUUCGUCUCCGCGCCAAGACGGAAGGCCUCAACAUCACCGAUCCUGCUCUAGACAAGGUUGCCGAGCACGGUAGCAAGGUCAGCUUGCGGUAUGCCCUACAGCUGCUGACACCGGCAAGCAUUCUUGCGCGGGUCAACGGGCGGCCUGGAGGGAUUGAGGAGGCAGACGUUACGGAGUGCGAGGACCUCUUCCUUGAUUCUAAGCGAAGUGCGGCAAUUGUCAAUCAGGAUAGUGAGAAGUUUCUUUAUUAAUGAUCUUUGGUUUGCGGAUAAGACGGUCUAUCCCGGAGUGGCUUGGGGUUGUCCUGCACGUCAAAGUAAGAGGGUAGGAGGGCGCAAAAGAAAAGCUUAACAGACGAAGUUCCUGGGUAAUAGUAUGUAUACCAUGUUUUAUGUGUUAAAAGAUUUAAUGUAAUGGAAAGGCGAAAU